GGUUUCUCCGGACGGGGGCGGGGCCACGUAGCUUCCAGGAGAUUACGUCGUUUGCGUUAAGUUACCGGCGCGGGUGGCGAGGCAGUCAGGGGCCAACAUAUUCAGCUUGAGAUUAUUUGCUACAGAAAGAACACUCAGAACAUCGAAGUCAUCCCAGGAGUCAGCAGAGGCCCCUUACCAGAAGAUGUGCAGGGACUCCAUUUUACCUGGUGGGACAUAGGAGAGCAAGACAAGGACCACAAGGCCCAAGAGGACGCUCCUUGUGACCAUACCAAUCAGCAAAGAAGCAGCUUCGGUGACCGGGAGAGUGACGCUCUACGCAGCCUUGGCGAGACGGGGAGCUGCAUGGCUAGUGAACCUUUUGGAACAAGAACAUCUGCCUGCUCCACUGAGCAGUCCAAUCAGCAAAAGGAUGUUUGUGAUGUGGUCAAAAGAACACAUCUGUGAAAGACUCCUAAAGAACUGCGGAGCAGAAGAAAAUCAGCAAAGAGACUAGAGGACCUGGGUUUUGAAGAGCACAGAGAAAGAUGAAGCAUGCACAAGUGCACGAAGGGACUCUCCUGAGAACCACUUUCCAACCUGCAGCAAUAGAAUCUGCCUCCAGCCAGGCUUAAAUUAAGGCUGUGUUUCAUAACAUCCCGGCUCUGCACUCCUGAGUGCUCAGUCGUUCUCCAGAGGAAAGAAAAAGCAGAGCAGACGUUUUCACUGUCAUGUUUAUAUCAAGAAAAGGCAGCACUGAACAGCGCAGAAUUCCUCUUCCUGGAAUUCUGCAGAAGCCUGCGAUCUCAGUCUGCCCCUCCAGGAAGAGUGAGGCCAGCCACCAGCCCCACCCAGCUCAGCCCAGCCCAGCUCUAUAAAGGAGCCUCAGACAGCCGCUGCUGGAAGUUCCAGCCCUGUGCGCUCCUUGGCCAUGAACCUCUGUGUUUCUGCGUUGCUCCUCUUCCUGGCAAUCUUAUUGCCUUCAGGAAGAGGUAUGUUUGGGAACGAUGGAGUCAAAGUUCGCACCUGCACUAGCCAGAACGCCGUGUGCUUCCUCGGGUGUCCACCGGGAUAUACAUGGAUUGCAUUCUGCCACAAUAUUUUGUCUUGCUGUAGAAAUAUGACAAAGUUUCAACCCCCGCAAGCCAAAGAUCCAUGGUCUAAAUAAAAAGAUACGUGAAUGGUU